AUUCAUUCUCUCUACCUCUUCUUCUUUUGAAACUUCAAGAAAUGGGCGGAGAUGAUAGCAGCCAAGGAUCCCCUAAGAGCACUGAUGUAUUCAUAACCGACAAAAACAUUCGUAAAACAAAACAUCUAUCCAUUGAUACUAACGACAGCGUCCCACAAUCUCCUACAAGCUCCGGCGGGUUCACAAACGCUAGCCGCUUCUCCGGCGGGUUCACAAACGCCAGCCGAUACUCCGGCGACUCUCAGAGACCGAAACCACCACCACCGGGAACAUAUCUCGUUCAAAUCCCCAAAGAACAGAUUUACCGUAUCCCUCCGCCGGAGAAUGCUCGCCGUUACGAGUAUCUCUCUCGCCGGAAGCCUAACCGAUCAGCUUGUCGCCGGUGUUGCUGCUAUUCCCUCGCUGCCUUACUCGUUCUUGCCACACUCGCGGCGGCUCUUGUCGGGAUCUUCUUCCUCGUUUUCCGACCGCAUAAGCCGACGUUCUCCGUGAGUGAGGUCUCCGUCGCCGGAAUCAAUCUGACGUCGUCAACGUCUCUGAUAUCUCCACUGAUCAAAAUCAAGGUGAGGUCUGAGAACGUUAACGAAAAACUCGGGUUAAUAUACGGCGGAGGAAGCGCGGCUGAGAUUUUCUACGACGGAGCCAAACUAGGUGACGGCGAGUUCACGGCGUUUGAUCAGCCGCCGGAGAAUGUAACGGUGACGGUGACGACGUUGAGAGGAUCAAGGAUCCAGUUAACGAGCUCCACGCUGGAAGAUUUAAAGGAAUCGGAGAAGAAAGGAAAAGUGCCGUUUGAUUUGAGGGUUAAAGCGCCGUUUAAGUUUAAAGUUAGCGCCGUGACCAUGUGGACGAUGGCCGUUACGGUGGACUGCAAACUAACAGUGGAUAAACUGACGUCAUCAGCAACUGUGUUGACGGAAAAUUGCGUUACAGAAGACAUAAUCCUCUUGUGAUUUGUCAGAAAGAUAUUCGGAUUUGCCUUCAAAAUUUUUUUGAACAACUGUUAAAUUUAUUCAAUACAAAAAAAACCUUUUUCACAUUGUAGUGCAUCUUUAUUAAAGUUUUUCAAAAGAAUAAUAAUUUAAUAAAUCAUAUGAAUUUAUCCCUAUCAAGUUCUUGUACUAAACCAAAAACGCACCCAUUAACAUGACUGAACUCAGCCUAUUGCGGAUCAUUUUUUGAUGGUGCUGAUGUUCCUUGUGUAGAGUAUGACUCUCAAUGUCUUCUGCAAUUUUGUUCCCUCUAUAAACUAUGGACACUGAGUUGAAACAGGUACCUAUUGAUGAACAGUAUUAUCUUGUCAAAAUGUGAAGUCACAGAUCAACAAGAUAAGAGUGUCCCAGUCGACAAUGAACUUGUCUUUCAGCACUUCUUUUGCCAAAUUUGUCCAGAUUGUUGCUGCAAAAGGACAUGAAAAAAAGAGAUGAUUUCUGGUCUCUACUUGGUGCUGACAUUAGCUGCAAGUUGUGUUGAUGUCUCCAUUCCAUUUCGCCAUUCUUUCUAAUGUGGCCAAGCGAUCUUUAAUUGGUGUCCAGACCAUGAAAGCGCACUUCGGUGUAACAUAAUGAAACCAAACGCCCUUGCUCCAGUUGCAGACCGGUUUCUCCUCUCUUAUCAGUACCCAAGUUGUUUUUGAAUCAAAGCGAUUCUUGUACUUAUUCGAUUUUCCUUUCCGCGACAUCAAAUUAUCCAGAACACACAAAUGAUAGACACCCAAAAGAAAUAUAAGAAUUCCAAUGAUAAAUGUUUAUCAACGUUCCAAAGUUUUUUUAGAUCAAGAAUCGAAGAAAAUGAUUAAAUUAUAGAAAGACUCAAGCGCUGCAGAAAAAUGACGAUGUUUGUGUCUUACAAAUUUGUUCAAGUAAAAAUUUAGUUGAUUUAUUCAUAAAAACGCUACCCACUGCUAUUUAUUAAAUGCUAAUUCAUCUUAUCAGAUUAAGUUAUCCAAAGAUCUCGACAUAUGUAUACAUGAGAAUGAAUCAUUAAGUGUUCACAUUUUUUUCUUUAACCAUAGAUUUUUUACAUUGAAUUUUCCUGGUAAAAGCAUCAUCUUAUGCAAAUAAUAGUCUUUAAGCAUAAAUGUUAUGGAUGUUGUAUUGAUGUCAAGCAUAGAAAAUUAUUCUCCAAACUUUAAUUAUUCUUAAAGAUAGACUUAAUCUCCAAGUUAUUGUACUCCUAUAUUAAGUACUCAUUACUUAUAGAAUAAGAUACAUCAAUUCAUUUUCUUUUUUUCUUACUUCCAACAAAUUUCAUUUUAUCACAAUUCUAUUUUUUUGGCAAAAUUCUUAAAAGACCAAAAAAUAGGUUUUCUUACCACAAGAACACACAAGAAGAAAAAUCACAAAAAGUUACAAUAUAAGGUAAAAGAACAUUAUACCCUCUUUACUUUAUAGAUAUAUAAAUAUAAAUAAAUAUUUAAACAAAUAACAAAAAUAAUUUUUAUUAUUUUCGAAAAUACUUUUUCAAUUCAAACUUUUUGAAUUUUUUUCUCAAUUGUUUUUUCUAAAUUUGAUUUUAAAAUCCAAAAAUUCUUUUUGAAUCUAUUUUUAAAAUUAUUCUUUAUAAUAAAAUCUUAAACCCCAUCCCCCCCUCUCCCCAAAAACGUAUUUCUAAAAUCUAAACUCUAAUAUAUAUAAUAUAUUAGUUAACUAUACUGAUAUAAAUAUUUUUUUGUUUUAUUAAUGAAACAUUUUGGUCAUUUUGACCGGUGUAUAGUAUAUAUAAGAUUAAAAAAAUUGGUGUUAUUUUAGAAAAUUUCUGUUCUUUUUUUGCUGGCUAGAUAGUUUUACUGAUAUCAAAACAAAUUUACAAAACCUUUACAUAAUAAAACAAUUUUUCAUGUGCCAGUCUUAAAGGAUGAUUUAAACGAAUUUAUAAAUGGUUUUAUAGCCUUACUCGCUAAUAGAUUCUCGUUUGACUAUUUCUACUUCCCAUCCAUUUUCGUUUCUCUAAUUUGUGACGACUAUCUAUAGUGGUCAAA